ACACAUGUGGCGCUCACACGGUAUAGCUCAUUGUCUCAUUGGCGGGCCAAAUUCUCUGGGCGGGGAAAACAGAGAAAGGGGAGGUAACUUGUCCCCGUAUGAUGACGUACGGGGAAAAUUCCAAAUCGGCGCGUCUGAGCUUUGUUUUUUCAAAGGCAGUGCAGGACACCUAGUGCCCGUUUUACACCUAACGCCAUUUCUUGCUACUGGGGGACCAUAGGCAGACUAGGGGAACUCAUGUUAAUGUUAGAAAAUUCAUAAAAUGAAUUUUUUGUUGAUUUCGUCCUUUUUAUUUGGUCGUCCUUUAAUUCAAAUUGUAUGAAUUUUUUCAAAAGUUUUCAUAUUCAAGAUGCUCAAUCCGGUACAUAAUUAAAUACACUACACUUCAACAUGUACCCAUUUAAUUUGUAUUUUACACUUUACACCACACCAUUGUUUCGAAAUACUGCGGACAGAGGUCAAGCUUUUCUACAUGAGCAGACAGUCUAGGCUAGUUUAAGCCCACAUUCUAUUAGAAAUGCCCCUUUUGAGUUUGUCGGCGGCCCUUCAAACUUACUCGCAGCUACCACACCCUUUCACAGCCUAAGUUGCUCUGGACCAUGUCUAGAGAAUCAGGUCCCUACAUAGCCAGGAGAUGUCCUUUCAUUUAGCACACAUGGUGGAAAAUAGAAAUGUCUGUCAGAUUUGCUCUAAAAUACAGUUCAUACUUUGUUUGGUUUAGGCAAGGGGAGGUGCCUAUAGAGCAUGCAGCAGGCAAGACGUGAUGCAAAACGGGACUUACCUCAACACCUUCAGGUGAUGAUCAACAUCCUGAGAUCCGAAGACAGAAUCAAACUGGCGGUUCGUCUGGAGAGUGGGUGGUCGGAGCGCGUGCGGUACAUGGUGGUGGUGUACACUAACGGGCGCCAGGACACGGAGGAGAACAUCCUGCUGGGGAUGGACUUCACUAACAAAGACAGUAAGAACUGUUCCAUUGGCAUGGUUCUUCCUCUGUGGAGCGACACUAAGAUCCACCUGGACGGAGAUGGGGGGUUUACAGUGAACACGGUGGAGCGAACUCACGUCUUCAAACCGGUCUCAGUACAGGCUAUGUGGUCGGCCCUGCAGAUCCUGCACAAGGCUUGUGAGGUGUCGUGCAGGCACAACUACUUCCCCGGGGGCAUGGCCCUCACCUGGCUGGGCUACUACGACAGCUGCGUCUCCUCGGAGCAGAGCUGCAUCAACCAGUGGAACGCCAUGAAGGACCUGGAGACCACGCGGCCAGUCUCGCCCGACAUGUUCGUGGACAAGCCGUCAGAGAGAGAGUGCACCGAAGGACUCCUGAAGGCCAAGCUUCGCAGUAUCAUGAGUUACCAGGACCUGGACAAUGUCACGUCCAAACAGAUCCGCACAGAGCUGGAGCAGCAUAUGAGCUGCAACCUGAACGAGUACAAGGAGUUUAUCGACAACGAGAUGCUUCUGAUCCUGGGUCAGAUGGAUAAGGCCUCACUGAUCUUCGACCACCUCUACCUGGGCUCAGAAUGGAACGCGUCUAACUUGGAAGAGCUGCAGGAGACAGGAGUGGGCUACAUCCUCAACGUGACCCGGGAGAUAGACAACUUCUUCCCUGGGACAUUCUGCUACCACAACAUACGUGUGUAUGAUGAGGAGGCCACAGACCUGCUGGCCCACUGGAACCAUACCUACCACUUUAUCCUCAAGGCCAAGAAGAACAACUCCAAGUGUCUGGUGCAUUGCAAGAUGGGUGUGAGCCGCUCGGCGUCCACGGUGAUUGCCUACGCCAUGAAGGAGUACGGUUGGUCUCUGGAGAAGGCCUACGGCUUCGUCAAGCAGAAGAGGAGCAUCACCAGGCCCAACGCCGCCUUCAUGAGGCAGCUGGCCGAGUACGAGGGUAUCCUGGACGCCAGUAAACACCGCCACAACCGGCUCUGGCACCCGGACAUCGACUGUGAGAUGUCCACUGACGGCCACCAGGGGAUUUCCCAGUGCUGCCAGUGGGCCCCAGCGGAGCCAGGUGGCGUGUCCCCCUCCCGCCUGACCCCGGGCUGGGUCGGGGGGCUGGACGUGGACCCGGCUUACAACAACUACUACUUCCGCCGGCUGUCGGACUCUGCGCUGGAAAGCGAGCCGUCCACGCCGGUGCGCGGCCCGGGCCCGCUCCUUAACAUGGACAAGGUGUUCAUUCAGAUCGAGGAUGUGGAGCGGGACGCGCUGCUGGACGACGAGGGUCCCCUGCCCCACCUAGGGGCCGGAGGCGGCGGAGUCACGGCGGAGGGCACAGCCGGCCUGGGGGCCCUGGAGGGCCGCCUGGAGUUCAGUACCGUAAAAGAGGAGGACGAGGAGGAGGUGCGCAAGGAGGAGGCAGAAAUGGAGGUGCUGAUGCAUCCCAAUGGAGGAGGAGGAAGGGAAGGCACAGGGAUGGACUUGGUAUCACUGAAUGAGAGUUCAAACAAUAACAAUAAUAACAACAGAAACAACAACAAGCGCCUCGCUGUAAGUUUUGAAACAAGAGCAGCAUGUUGACCAUCAUGCUGUGGGACCGCUACAGUGUUUCAGCAUAAUCUCUAACCACACCUGCUGAAGAGCAAUGCAGCCAUCAUUUAUUUUGCUUUAACCCCCCCACCGUCUUUAGUUUUUAGUCCGUGUGUGUGUGUGUGUGUGUGUGUGUGUGUGUGUGUGUGUGUGUGUGUGUGUGUGUGUGUGUGUGUGUGUGUGUGUGUGUGUGUGUGUGUGUGUGUGUGUGUGUGUGAUUAGGAAACCACCCCUUCAAACACCCAUGAACUCCACCCAGUGUCUCGGCCCAGGACCAGAGGAGGCCCUCCUUCUCUGGACACUAAGCCUUGCCUUAAAGGGUAUGAAGAACUCACCCUGUGAGCUGAAACUUUCCAAUACGGAGCUCUUCCUGCAGCCUGCCUGUAACCCCCCCCCCUUCCUCCUCCUCUUCCUCCUCCUCCUUCUCACCUUCACAAUCCCCGCCUCAUGAAGGCCCAGAUGAUAGUAGCCAGGAUGAGAUGGAGGUGGGGAUUGUGCUUAAGGGCAGCUUCCUGAGCUGCAGAGUAUGGAGCCUCGUACGGAGGAGAGCCAUUCUGCGACCCUAGUCCUACCCAAGCACCAGACCCACCAGUGCCUGCUCCUCCCCAAGGGCCUGGUCCUACCCCAGCAGCAGACCCCCAAAGGCCUGGUCCUCCCCCAGCAUCAGACCCAUCAGGGGGGCCUCAUUACAGAAACUUCCUAACUCUGAAAUCCUAUCCUAUAUUGAGAUAAGAAGGCAUUAAGGGGGUUUGGUAUUACAGAAGGAGGUUUCCUAACUUAACUUGGGAAGAAAUCCUAUUUUAUCUUAAGAUAGGACUUUAGCCAUUACAGAACUAUCCUAAGUUAGGAAUUUCUUAAGUUAGGAUCCCUAAGUUAGGUGGCCAUACACCCUGUCCUAAAUUCAAAAUAACUGUCAAUAACUGAAAAGAAUGGCAGCAGCACUGCUAGUAGGUCUGUAUGACAAUGAAGACCAGGAGCAUCAGAACAGAAACGUGAUGGCUGAAAGGCUAUUUUUUAUCGCCUGCAAAGACAUUUAAUUUUGAAUUUGGUGGAAGAAUUACUUUACUACUUUAUUACUCCACAGUCUCUGUUAACGUUAAAAGUAACUUGUUCUAUCAAUCUCGUGCACAUUCUGAGUGCAGAAACAGACAUAACCUGACGAUUGCCGAUCGAAAAAUCUGAUUGACAGAACAGUUAGGAUUACCUAAGAUAAGAUAGGAGGCCAAAGAUAUGAUAGGAAACGGCCAACAGGUUAGGGACUGCUUCUGUAAUAGGAAGUUAGAAUUUUUCCUAUCUUUGAGUCCCUAACUUAAGUUAGGGACUUAAGCACCAGACCCACCAGGGCCUGGUCCUUGCCCAGUACCAGACCCUCCAGGGCCUGGUCCUCCCCCAGCAACAGACCCACUAGGGCCUGGUCCUCGCCCAGCACCAGACCCCCAGGGUCUGGUCCACCCCAAGCACCAGACCCUUCAGGGCCUGGUCCACCCCCAGCCCCCCAGGGCCUGGUCCUCACCCAGCACCAGACCCACCAGGGCCUGGUCCCCAGCUGCGCCCAGCUUCUGGAGAGGCACUAAGAGCGCUUGCUGCUGCAACACACCUGCAGGUCCCAAAGAGGAGCUCCCUCCCCUCCGAAGAGGAGGAAGACCGGUCUCACUUCCCUGGGGACCUCCUCUCGUCUUUCACGCCGUGCACUGCGGAGCUGCAGCUGCACGCCAGUCGGGUCUCCUCACCCGGAUGGCUGGUUCCGGCAGCGAGCGCUGGAGAUCGAGGCACGCACACGUUUGGCGGGCCCUACCAUGCCCUCGCAUCUCAAGCACUCCAACUCGCUAGCCAAGCUGGAUGGCCUCCAGCUGUCCAGCCAUGACCUGUGCUCCGCUUGCUCCUCGGACGCCGCCUCCCUUGCACUGUUUGUGUCCGAGUCCCCGGAGCAGGCCCCUACGUGGGACUGUCUCGCUAUGGUCAACAUCCCCUGCUCAGGGCCCAGGAAGGCAAGUGGGCGGACCUCGGAGGGAGAGCUGGCUGGAGGAGACUGGGAGGCGAGGAAAGCCUUCCCCUCCCCUUGUCUCCAUUCCUUUGAGGAGGUUGGAACAUGGAACUCCUCAGGGUGAACCAUAUGCACAUGUGCCAGUUUGGUCUUUUCAAACAAAGGAAGAAAGGCCAGCAUUUGAGUCUGUAGCAUGCAUGCAUGUAGCGUGCGUGUGUAAACCAACCAUUCACCUCAACCUUAGUUUGUUCUGUGUGGACACAAAGAAAGUGCCUUUUUGACUCCCGACUCCCUAACCAAUUAUUACCCUGCCGUCAGUCACCCACUUCAAGUAAGAGGGACUAAUAUCAGUCCCUCUCUGUUGUAGAAGUUCAACCAACUGUAGAAUAGGAACAAACUGAUUGGAAAUAAUAAAGAUCUUUAUUUAUACAGCGCUUUUCUAAACAGAGAAAUAGUUUAAGUCCCUUCAGGGCUGCAGCAGAACAAGUGGCUGGCGACUAGAAGGGGUUCGAUCCUUGAUUCCCUGAGCAAGGCACAUGACCCUAACUGUUGCAGACCUUAUGACGCCUCAUACCUUGCAUGGUUGACACCUCGGGGGGUGUGUAUGGGUGGCUGGAUGUGCAAUGUGCGGUAAUGAUAGUAAUUGCUUAGGAGCAGGCGAAGUUAAUUUAAAGAAUAGUGAAGAAGUCUUGAUUCUCUAUCUAGGAUCAGAUUGUAACUAUACUACUUAUUUAAACAAUUAUCAAAACAAUGUAUGCGUUAUUAACUUGUCCCUUGACUAGUUAGGGUUGAAUCUUUCAGUUUUUUAUGUCUUUACAUUCCUAAAAACAGCCCAUUAUGCCACUGGACAUUAAGCAGAGAUAUGCAGCAUGGUCAAAUCAACUUGUAAUUGUAACUGCUGUCUACCAGUCAGUUUUCUGGGAUAUUUUCAGCGGUAAAUCACAUUUAGUUAGUUACUUAUUAAAUUACUUAUUACCUUUCUUGACAUUUGUAGAUAAACAAUGUCAAUCGGCAAUCUCCUACUGCUAACAUCCAUAUAUACACAAGAGGUGCCAACUCAGUUGUGCUUUUUUUUAUGUGGACGACCAAACUUUUGUACUAUACAUCUGCUGUAGUUUCAACCCAUAUUGCACUUUUUGUUUGUUUAAAUAAUGUACUGUAUGGGUUUGUUAUGAAAAUAAACAGUUCUAUUUCA